AUGGCGCAGGCUUGCUGCCUGCGCCAGCCCAGCGCAGCCUCGGCGCCACCUCUGCUCUCCAGGACUCCCACCCUCGUUACAUGGGGUGGCGUAGCUGGUACUGGUAUAAUAUGGUUCACAGACUGGAAGCUGGUCCUUCAGUAUGUUCCCUACAUCGGUGGCAAGUUUAAAACUGAAGACUAA